UGCUGGGCGCGCUAUAAAGGCGGGGCCGUGGCGGCUGCGGGCGGCGGGCACCGACGGCGGCCACGGCGGGAGCAGCCCCGCGCUCGGCGGCCCGGGAUCGCGGCGCGCCCUGACGCACGGACGCCCCCCGCCCCGCAACCGGCGGAGACAAGACCCAACGAUGACUCUGAAUAAUGUCACCAUGCGCCAGGGUGCUGUGGGCAUGCAGCCACAACAGCAGCGUUGGAGUAUCCCAGCUGACGGCAGGCAUCUGAUGGUCCAGAAAGAGCCCCACCAGUACAGCCAGCGCAACCGUCACUGUGUUACCCCUGAGGACCACUACCGCCGGAGCUGGUCCUCCGACUCCACAGAUUCAGUCAUCUCCUCUGAGUCGGGGAACACCUACUACCGGGUGGUGCUCAUAGGGGAGCAGGGGGUGGGCAAGUCCACUCUGGCCAACAUCUUUGCGGGUGUGCAUGACAGCAUGGACAGCGACUGCGAGGUGCUGGGAGAAGAUACAUACGAGCGAACCCUCAUUGUUGAUGGGGAAAGUGCAACAAUUAUACUCCUGGAUAUGUGGGAAAAUAAGGGGGAAAAUGAAUGGCUCCAAGACCACUGCAUGCAAGUUGGGGAUGCCUACCUGAUUGUCUACUCCAUCACAGACCGAGCCAGCUUCGAGAAGGCAUCUGAGCUGCGAAUCCAGCUCCGCAGGGCCCGGCAGACAGAGGACAUUCCUAUAAUUUUGGUUGGCAACAAAAGUGACCUGGUGCGGUGCCGGGAAGUGUCUGUAUCAGAAGGGAGAGCGUGUGCUGUGGUGUUCGACUGCAAGUUUAUCGAGACCUCUGCCGCUGUCCAGCACAACGUGAAGGAGCUGUUUGAGGGCAUAGUGCGGCAGGUCCGCCUUCGGCGGGACAGCAAGGAGAAGAAUGAGCGGCGGCUGGCCUACCAGAAGAGGAGGGAGAGCAUCCCCAGGAAAGCCAGGCGCUUCUGGGGCAAGAUUGUGGCCAAAAACAACAAGAAUAUGGCCUUCAAGCUCAAGUCCAAAUCCUGCCAUGACCUCUCUGUGCUCUAGGCACCCAGCAUCACCCAGAUGUCCCCCUGGUGGACAUCGUUGAAGACCAUUGGGACCAAUAAUCUAUAUUAGAUUGGAUUCUUAAGUAUUGUUAGAUGUGGCUUCCUCUUAUACAGCCGGGAAUUAACAUGUUAGCCUCACGGGCAGCAUAAUGCAUGGGAAAUGAAAGAUCUUUGUAAGGAAUCAGUAUUUAUUUACAGGAAAAGCCUGAUCUUGCUACUUGAACACCUAAGACUCGUUAGAGGAUGUGUUUGGUGUUCACAUGUGUUUCCUCUCCUUUUGAAUAGUAGGGAAAUGAAGCCUACAAAAGAAUGCCUAGAACAAGAACUUUUCAUUAUUGAAAUGUUGCCUAGUGUUCUGCUAUGUGAAUUUAAGGCCAAUGGGUCAUAAAUAUAGGAAAGCUGUCAAAGGGUUUAUUCAAAGGAGGGAGAACUUCUUUCUCUGUACUUUAUAUUCGUGGAGCUAGGAUUAUAGAACUGGGUUCAUGAUGGUUAUGAUUGUUACUGCUCUGUCAAGCUGUGAAAAGAAAUUAUGGACCUUGCUGGAAACUAAAGCUUAGCAAAGAAUUUUUGUUCAGUACCCACAGUUGGGGAUCCAGAAAUGGAUAGAAUUGGGAACUGAUACAUGUACUACUUAUGGGUUCAAAAAUUAUAUCUUUACUUCUGUGUCUUAUAAUUCUUAUUUAGGGGGAAGUUAUUUUAAUCAAACUCUACUUAGUCAAGCUACCUUUUAUGUUUCAUUAUUUUUUAAAUCAUAGGGCCAUCAUAAAAAUAUUUUUAAAAUCUGAAUUGUUGGUAACCUGGAGUGCAAAAUGACAAAUUUUUAAAUAUAAUCAAAGGUCUGAAUUUUUAUAAAACAUAAAAAAUAAAUACUUCUAGUAUUUUGGGUUGAACCUUGUA